UGACUUUUCAAGUAUGCUAAAAGGCCUAAAAGCAAGCUAAGAACCUAAAAUUAUAUAUAUAGCAGUAUUUUAGACAGGCAGGCUAGUUCUGUUGUUAAUACCAAGUUAAUACGUACGAAACUGAUGUGAAUGCAAUUAACUGGAAUGUGGAAUGAAGCAGUUUUUUAGUGUAAUAGGUUUUAGCAAUUACUACUUUUGAGAAGUAUGUGAUACAAUUAAAAUUGUGCAAAAUGUUACUAAAUGACCGUCUAUGCCAGUGGCUGGGGCAUCUAAAAUUGUCUCGAGUCAUUUUAAUGGUCUCCGUAAUAUUAUUUGUGGUGCCGCUUGUAACACACUAUUAUUUGUCCAAGUAUGAUUCAAUAUCAUUUUCCUUUGAUGGCAACCCCAUGCGCCAUACUCUGGACGCCUAUGGAGACUUUUCAUUGAUGAACGCGGCAGAUCUCAAGAUUAGAAUAGAAGAAAUGCUAAGAAUUAAGGCAUCAGUAUCGACAGAGCUCCGUGAGCUAGAAGCUCGUCGAGCGCGUUUGCAGCGGGAGGCGGCGGCGGCGGGCGCGCGCGCCGACAGCGCCAAGACCGAGCACUCGCGCGCCGCCGCCGAGCUGCAGCGCCUGCGCGUGUCCGCCGACCAGGCGCGCCUCGCGCAGCUCGAGGCCAUCCGCCGAGACUCGCCGGAGCUCGCUCCGCCUUCCCCUCUCCUCCCCUCGCAACCUCCGCCCGUCCUCCCACCCCUGCCGUCUGCUUCUCAACACCACUGCCGCAUGCACUCCUGCUUUGAUCACUCUCGGUGCUCUCUUACCUCCGGUUUCCCUGUAUACUUUUAUGAUCCUGAUGCUUAUGCGACCACCGCUGGCGCCGAAGUGGAUGGCUUUUUGAAAACCACAGUGAGACAGACACUGGGGUACAAUGCGCAUAUUACACAAGACCCCAAAGAGGCUUGUAUCUAUCUAGUCCUGGUAGGAGAAGCUUUCUCUUCAGAAAGGAGUUCUAUGUCAACUGGUAACAACUUAAAAUUGGCUCUAAAUGAAAGUGUAAUAAAGAGUUUGCCGUAUUGGGGCGGCGAUGGUCGCAACCACGUACUUAUUAACUUGGCGCGAAGAGAGCUGUCCGUGGGCGCUGGCGACGCGUUCAAGAGCGCUAUGACAGGCAGGGCUAUGAUAGCGCAGUCUACGUUUACUUUGAACCAGUUCCGGCCCGGGUUCGACAUCGUGAUGCCCCCAGCGCUCGGCCCACCCGGCGGAGACGUAUGGCUCGACUGCGCUCCUAUGGCUCCCGCCAGACGGAAAUAUUUACUUAGUUUUCAGGGCUCGCAACCUCCUUUUAGUGGAUUGAAUAAAGAUGAAGACAAAUCUGUGAUCGAAGCACUCCAAAAGACAGCCAAGUCAAGCUCUACGUCGGAUGUAUUUUUCCUGCAAUUUGAAUGCGACCCACCCGUGGAAAAGCGUACAGUAUUUCCUAUUGGCGACUGGGCGUUAUGCGGCACGGAUCGCUCAAGGCGGGCCUUGUUAAAAGAUUCUACUUUUGUCAUCAUUCUCGCCCCUAGCGAUCCAAGUUACACUUCGACAGCGUUGCUGCAAGCAAGACUGUAUGAAGGUUUGAGAUCCGGCGCGAUUCCUGUCAUACUGGGAGGAGACAGAAUUACAUUGCCUUAUGAUGAAGUGCUCGAUUGGCGACGUGCAGUACUAUUGCUUCCGAGGGCUCGAGUUCCCGAGCUGCAUUUUGUUCUACGAGCGUUUUCCGACGCCGACCUACUUGCAUUUCGGAGACAAGGGCGACUAUUCUGGGAGCGAUACCUUAGCUCAGUGCAAGUGAUGGUGGAUUCACUGUUGGCAGUGAUCCGAACACGACUGAACAUACCGGCUCGGCCGGCGGCACCGACGGUCGGGGCACCGGCCUUCAACGAAACGUUUUACCCGCCACGGCUGGAGCCGCCGGCGAUAGACGCAGAGCCGGAGGAGACGCUCGGGCCGCUCGAGGCGCCGUACGCGAGCCCGACAUACCGCCGCAACUAUUCGAUAGGGCUGGUGCACGGGUACGAACUGUGGAACGAGUGGGCGGACCCGUUCGCGCUGUACCCGCAGACGCCGUGGGACCCGCCGGUGACGUCGGAGGCGCGCUUCAUGGGAUCGGCGGCUGGCUUCCGGCCGGUGGGCGCGGGCGCCGGCGGCGCCGGCAAGGAGUUCAGCGAGGCGCUGGGCGGCGACCGCCCGCGGGAGCAGUUCACCGUCGUCAUCCUUACUUACGAGCGGGAGGCGGUGCUGGCGGCGGCCGUGGCGCGUUUGCGGGGCCUGCCUUAUUUGAACAAGGUGGUGGUGGUGUGGAACGGGCGCACUCCGCCAUCCGCGUCGCUGGCCUGGCCGGAGAGCGGCGCGCCCGUGGCGGUGGUGCGCGCGGCGCGCAACUCGCUCAACAACCGCUUCCUGCCGUACGACCUCAUCGACACCGAGGCCGUGCUAUGCGUCGACGACGACGCGCACCUCAGACACGAUGAGAUCGUGUUCGCCUUCAGAGUAUGGCGCGAGCAUCGAGACCGCAUUGUGGGAUUCCCUGGACGAUAUCACGCCUGGGACCUCAACUACAACAACGGCUUUCUUUACAACUCGAAUUACAGCUGCGAGCUCAGCAUGGUGCUAACAGGCGCGGCGUUCGUGCACCGGUAUUACCUGUGGGCCUACUGGCGCACGCUGCCCGCCGCCAUAAGGGACUACGUCGACGAGUUCAUGAACUGCGAGGACAUCGCUAUGAACUUCCUCGUUGCGCAUAUCACUAGAAAACCACCCGUGAAGGUUACGUCUCGCUGGACGUUCCGAUGCCCCGGGUGUCCUGUCACGCUUUCUUCUGACGAGACUCACUUCCACGAGAGACACAAGUGCAUCCAGUUCUUUUCACAGGUUAUGGGCUACACUCCGCUGUUGUCGACGCAAUACCGAGCAGACUCCGUUCUCUUCAAGACGCGCAUUCCGCACGACAAGCAGAAAUGUUUCAAGUUCAUAUAACGAGCAGGUUAGCACCCAAUCUAUAGGUACAUAUCAAUUUACAAUACAAAUAUCUGGCAGUUAGCGUAGACAUCGUGUUAUUCACGAAAAGCCGCGCGUUGACUCUUCGUAAUGUCAUGUUAUUAAAUGUUAGAUUUACAAAUCUACGCGCCAUUGUGAAUGAUACGAACUAUUAAGACAAGUCAACCGAGAUACACGUAUUGGUUUAGGCCCUAAACUGUAGGGGAAGGAUAGGACCUAAAACGAAUGGUUAGUUAAUAAAUACUGGGAGGUAAUAUGCCAGGAAAAUUCUUUCUUUAAAAGGUCUUUAAUUCGUCUAAUAUUUCUGAAAAUGCUGAAAAAGCGAUAUAUGAUAGUCAUAUUUCAUGACUUGACUAACAAACCUAUUAGGUAUUCUUCAACAUUACGCAUUUAACUAUUAAUAGCUGCUACGCAAGGCAAAAGCAUUUAAUUUACCUAAUAAGUGUCGUUUCGCAGGGCAUUCCACCACAACCGGAAAUAUGUAGCAUUAGGGCCCAUUUACAGGGCGCGCGGACUCGAUUGAGAUUUUGGUUUCAAUUUUCAUUGUGGGCAGUUGAGGUUAUAGCCACUUCUAGCGGCCAAUCAAAUGCAGCAUUGUAAUAAAACUCGCAUGCGAUUUCUCGCACCAUGUAAAUCAGCCCUUAAGUUGCAUUUAGACCAAAUAUGUGUUGCGAGAUCUGUUUUAUAGCAAUAUAAUCACUACACAAGUGCACAUCACAUCACACUUUUGGUCGGAAAGCAGCCUUUUAGGUUAGGUAAUAUUUUAUAGUUUUUAUACUACCUUUGGAAAUAUCCUUUUGUUUUUUUAUUGUUCACUUUAUACACAUGUAGUCAAAUAAAUACAGAGUACCUAAAGCAUGCGCGAAAUACAUAUUAGGUUACACAGUUUAAUUUAAAUCAAGUUUACAUACAGAUCAUGUGUAAUUUUCAUAAUAAUGAGGCUUUAUGUAAGAAUGAGGCUUUAUGUAAGAAUGAAGGUUUCUGUAAUAUUAUUAGGAAUGUAUAUUGUAUUUAUACUGUUUGUGUGUAGACUAUACUAUACUUACAGAUAGAAACAUAGUGAUACAUGUU